UCACCUGGGAAGCUGGGUCCAGAGGAACAGAUCUGAUCUGAAGAGGAGGACGUGGCUCCUGGCACCGGGUCUGAGGGUCUUGGAGGCAGAGAGGGUGAAAGGUAGAGAGUCUGCGUUGGCUGCUGAGUCUGAGCCACGUGCACGAUGGCCUCGUCGAGCCCUGACGCCCCUUGUUCCUGCGACUGCUUUGUCGCCGUGCCCCCGGCCUCCGCCGUCCCAGCCGUGAUCUUUGCGAAGAACUCGGACCGUCCCCGGGAUGAGGUGCAGGAGGUGGUGUUUAUACCGGCUGGCACCCACACCCCUGGGAGCCGGCUCCAGUGUACCUACAUCGAGGUGGAACAAGUGUGGAAGACACACGCUGUGAUUCUGAGCCGCCCUUCUUGGCUGUGGGGGGCUGAGAUGGGCGCCAACGAGCAUGGCGUCUGCAUUGGCAACGAAGCAGUGUGGACCAAGGAGCCUGUUGGGGAGGGGGAAGCCCUGCUGGGUAUGGAUCUACUCAGGCUGGCUUUGGAACGGAGCGGUACUGCCAAGGAGGCUGUGCAUGUGAUUGCAGGCUUACUGGAACGCUAUGGGCAGGGGGGCAGCUGCCGGGAAGAGCCUGUGCCAUUCUGCUACCACAACACCUUCCUGCUGGCUGACCGGACAGAGGCGUGGGUGCUGGAGACGGCUGGGAGGCUGUGGGCUGCCCAGCAGAUCCAGGGGGGUGCCCGGAACAUUUCCAACCAGCUGAGCAUUGGCACAGACAUCUCGGCGGAACACCCAGAGCUCCGCAGCCACGCCAAGGCCCAGGGUUGGUGGACUGGGCAGGGCGCCUUUGAUUUUGCAGAGGUCUUCUCCCUGACCCAGCAGCCAGUGCGCAUGGAGGCUGCCAAGGCCCGUUUCCGGGCCGGCUGUGAGCUGCUGCAGCAGCGACAAGCAGGCAGCAUCACGGCAGAGGUGAUGAUGGGCAUCCUCAGGGACAAGGAGAGCGGCAUCUGCAUGGACUCUGGAGGCUUCCGCACCACAGCCAGUAUGGUGUCGGUCCUGCCCCAGGAUCCCACAAAGCCCUGUGUCCACUUCCUCACAGCCACCCCAGACCCCUCCAGGUCAGUGUUCAAGCCUUUCAUCUUUGGAGUGGGGGUGUCCCAGGCCCCCCAGGUGCUGUCCCCCACUUUUGGAGCCCAGGACCCCGUUCGGAUCCUGCCCAGAUUCCAGAGCCAGGUGGACCGUCGACACUUGCUCUAUCGUGGGCACCAGGCAGCCCUGCAGCUGAUGGAGGAUGAGCAGGUGACCCUGGGUGCUCUGCUGAGGGCAGGAAGGAGGCUGGAUUGCUGUGGGCAGGAGCAAGGACGACAGCUCUGGCGCAAGCAGCAGGACCUGGAGCGGGAAGGCCUGGAGGCUCUCAGAAGACUGCUUACUGGAGAGCAGGCCCCACCUCUGCAGGGGCUGGGCAGCCUCUUUCAGGCCUUUGUGGAGAAGGAGUGCCAGGUCUAUGCAUAAGCAUGCAGUACCUCUUGGCCCACGGAUGCUUGAUCUGGGACUGGCUGCUGUGAGCUGAGGAAGGCACAGGAUCACAACCAUCCCUUCACGCCCUCAUCCAGGCUCAGAGUGGCUGGUACAGCCUUUGGCUUAAUAAAUGUGUUUUAUUUCCUUA